AUGAGCUCGGUAGCCAUCAAACCAGACACGCCAUCCAAGAUUGGCCAGGGCGGACUUUCCUCCGUUCCACCCUCCAGUCAAGCCAUUCUUUUAGAGAAACUAACCGCAAGGGCUUUGACACCCGAUUCCGAAGCUCUCGCUAGCUCAGACGACGAAGUCGAGUCGAGAGUACCCGAAUCGCUACAAACAGCUUUUGCCCCGCCACAUAAGCCCGUUCGACGCGCCUCGUGGCUGAACGAUACCUCUCCGCAGAUACCUCGACCUAGGAAAGACUCCUUCGCGAGUAACUCGAUGUCUCCAACAACCUCUCACCCGGGCACGCCUUCCGCCGAUGCCUCGGGCGGCCUUUGGGGAUCAAAUUCUGCUUCAUCGGCCAUGAUGGGACGAGCCCCAGCCUCAUCAUUCUCCUGGAGCACCGCGAUAUGGAAUAGUGAGAGGAAGGAGCCAUCCCGACUGAGCGAGGUUCUGCCUUCCCCAACUACAGCUCUGCCUCCGGGCGCUCCUGCAAACUCAGUAUUCGGGCCUGAAACUGGAAAUUUGUCUCAGACAUCUCCCGUGCCCCGGGAACAAGGUGGAGGCUCUCAAUUCCCGUACAGCAUUUCACUCCACCCAACCCCGAAGACAUAUCGCUCUCAGUCCUACUCGACGGGACAAAUGGAUCCAGAUUCCAUCCCACCCUCCAUGAGCUCCUCUACGAUUCUUGGCCGUGCUCGGACGCAUGGUCACACUAGCAUCCAGCAUCGCCCGUCCCGACCGAGCAUGCUAAGUGAAAUGUCGAAUGAGAGUGGACUUGACAAAGUUAAAGAAGUCGAGGAUGACGAAGAAGAUGGCGAGAGCGCAUCCGAAGUCCUCUAUCAAAGCUCCAUCCACCAAUCCGCAGAGUCUAAAACCAUUGAGAUGCUCGCCAGGGAGAAUGCGAUGCUGCGCCAACAACAGCAGCAGCAGCAGUACCACAGUGCGCGUCUGCGACCUCGAUCCUCCACCGCUGCCGCUUACGGCCUUUCCAGCGGCUACACUCUUCGCGAGACCGUCCCCGAGGAAUCGGAAUAUGCCAUUGAUGAGCUUGACGAGCCGAACGACGUUGCCGAUCUGAUCAACCCUAGAAGGACUCUAAAUCGUAGGAUGAGCGAAUUCGGUCCAAGUGCGUUCCGAUCGCCUUUCGGCAUGGAUUCUCGGAAGCACGAUGUCCCCGUGAAGAAAGGCCUCUGGCACAGUCAGCUUGGAUUCGGCAGCCUUGGCGACAUUUCCCAGAGUCGGCGCCAUUCGUUUGCAGAUGUACCCACUAGGCAGGCGUCAAUCGGUUCUCUGGGCGAUCAUGCUGCUGCUUCUGCCGGUCUUGACAUUGGAGCACAGGACGCUCAAACUUCUCAAGACUAUCCCGGAAGCUAUGGAGACACCACCGGCUUCCCCAUGACCGGUGCUGGAACCUCGUCGCAGUAUCCCGGAGCCGCCGGCCCUGUCUCAUCGGGUCUAGCGCAAUCAUAUACCGGCCAAUUCCCAUCUCCCUACAACCUCCAAGGUCCCUUCGGAGCGAACCGUGCUACAUCGCCUCAUCGCACCCUCUACGGCAUGAGCCAGCCACGCCAGAAUCAACUUUUGCACAUCGUUUAUUUCAAGUGCUCACGAGCAGAUGUGUUCUACAUCCAGGAGGGCACCGGCCUUACAGUGAAGCCGGGUGAUCUCGUCAUUGUUGAGGCCGAUCGCGGAACCGACAUUGGCACGGUUGUGAGGGACAAUGUGGACUGGCAGACGGCCCGAGAGCUGAAGGAAUACUACGCCGAGGAGCACUACAAGUGGCUGAUGAUGUAUUCGCAAAAUGCGGCUGCGGCUCAAGAAAAUGUCGGAAUGGGUCUGAUGGGUGCCACGAACGGCCUUCAAGGGAGCGCCGUGGGAGGCAUGGGUCCUCCCAGCCACCAUCAUAUGCAGGAGUCAAACCCCGGCGAGCUCAAGCCGAAGCUCAUUAAGCGCCUCGCUCAGAGUCACGAAAUCCACUCUUUGCGGGAGAAGGAAGGUAAUGAAGCCAAGGCCAAGCGUGUCUGCAUGCAAAAGGUCAAAGAACAUGGUCUUAACAUGGAGAUUCUUGAUGCUGAAUUCCAAAUGGACUGGAAGAAGCUCACCUUCUACUACUUUGCCGACUCUUAUAUCAACUUCAACUCACUCGUCACUGAUCUGUUCAAGAUCUACAAGACUCGAAUCUGGAUGUCUGCAGUGAACCCUGCGUCUUUCGCCAACCCCACUCUUGGUUUGCAGCCUCCUAGUGGUAUUGGCCCUGGAGCAGUGGGUGUUGGACGAAGCCUGGGUCACCCUGAGCGUCGCACCACCCAGACUCAGCAGGAAACCUCUAGUGCAUCCCAGGUUGGACGUGGAUUCCAGUCCACUGGGUUUGGCCAGGGAUUCUCUGGCAACGACCGUGGCCCCACCCUAGCGUCUGCUCCUAGUUACUCACCUGCCAACUUUUCCUACCAACAACCGCCACAGCAACAACAGCAGUACGGCGGCUUAGGAUUCGGGGCUGCGUCUCGAGGCGGUGCGGCUAGCAUGCCCUAUCAUGCGGGAGCCGGUUCGAAUGCAGACCUAUACGGCUCGAGUUUUUCGCAACAGAAUGACUUCGCGGGCGGCAUGAGACGCGUCGCUGGUCAAGGACCCAGUACCGGUCCUCACGGACACGGCCUCUCCCAGCUGGGCAACCAGCAAGAUUGGGUUUCGUCAUUCCAGGGACUAUCAUUGACCCGAUAA